AAUCUGUUUGAGCAUUCUGGGAUCAUACCUACCUCAAGAGUGUUGUGAGGAUUAAAUGAGAUGAUCCACAUAAAAUAUCUACUUGCCCAGAGAAGUAAGCACCCAACAAACAGCGAUUACAACUAGAGCACCUGCUCAAGGUCUCUUUCAGGCAGCUGUUGGCCUAGGGCAGGCCUGGAAUCCUAAUGCUUCCUUUCACUAUUCAGUCACCAUGACCAAAAUCCCGAAGGGGCCACGCCUUGAUUAGCCAUUGAAGAUCUGGAUGUCUGCCUCUGAUUGGAUCCUUCUUCCCCAGCACGUCCAGACUUUUCAUAAAUAGACGAGAUGGCCCCUUAAAGCAGAUUCCCAGAUAAUACACAUAAAUCCACAAGUCCCGAUUUGGAUUAGGAAGAGGAAGCGAGCAUGCAACUCUGCAGAGAAGGGCCGUAAGAGAAACAGAAUGAGUGAUUACUGUAAUUUCUAAGCUCUGCGCUCUAAUUCCUCUCUAGCUUGGGGUGCUUGGGGUGCAAGCCUGUAGCAAGGACGGAGUCACAAGAUUUAAGAGUCCAGCAGAGUGUGUGCAGGAGGACGGACGGGAGACCGAUACCCCCCCACCUCCCGCCCUUAUAAGCACCUUUUCUUCAGACACCUCCCAGCCAGGAGAAACCCUAGUCUUCGGAGACACUGACAAACACCUCAAAAUCCCAUCCCCGUUUCCACCGCCCCUAGAAGCGCCCCCUGCGUGCGUGCGUGUGUGCGCGCGCACGCGGGCGCGCACGCACAGGCUACUGGGAUGCCGCUUCUCCCCUCCGAGUCUUCCAGUUUCCCGGCGUGCUUCGGGCCCGCCAAAUGGGCGGGGGAGACGCAAGAUGGCGGCAGCCACGAAUUCCGGCUCCAGCCUCCCACUGUUCGACUGCCCGACUUGGGCAGGUAAACCCCCACCUGGAUUACAUCUGGAUGUAGUCAAAGGAGACAAACUAAUUGAGAACCUGACAGAGUUCAACACUGCCCACAACAAGCGGAUUUCCACCCUCACCAUUGAGGAGGGGAAUCUGGAUAUUCAAAGACCAAAGAGGAAGAGGAAGAACUCACGGGUGACUUUCAGUGAGGAUGAUGAGAUCAUCAACCCAGAGGAUGUGGAUCCCUCAGUUGGACGCUUCCGGAACAUGGUACAGACUGCAGUGGUCCCAGUAAAGAAGAAGCGGAUGGAAGGCCCUGGCUCCCUGGGCUUGGAAGAAUCGGGGAGCAGGCGCAUGCAGAACUUUGCCUUCAGUGGAGGACUCUACGGGGGCCUGCCCCCCACACACAGUGAAGCUGGCUCCCAGCCGCAUGGCAUCCACGGGACAGCACUCAUCGGUGGUUUGCCCAUGCCAUACCCGAACCUCGCCCCUGACGUGGACUUGACUCCUGUUGUGCCAUCAGCAGUGAACAUGAAUCCUACACCAAACCCUGCAGUCUACAUCCCCGAAGCUGUUAACGAACCCAAGAAGAAGAAAUAUGCAAAAGAAGCUUGGCCGGGCAAGAAGCCCACGCCUUCCUUACUGAUUUGAUAUUUUUGGUCAUGGAAAAGGGGUGGGGUUGGGUGGGAAUUGGGUGGAAGGGUGAUGGGGGAGCUGAUGAACUUGGGAGGAAAAUUUUCCAUGUGUGCAGUAUCGUCUUUCAGAACGUCUCCCGGGGUCCUAAACAUCUAAUACCAAAACUGGGGGUGGGGUUGAAAUGUCCCGUAAAGACUGCUCUUCAGAACACUUCAGUGUAGAAGAACGUUUCAUACGUCAUUUUAAAUUGGUGCCCUGGAGCCUCCCAGGCCUUCCAUGACCUCCUUUUUCUUUCUUCCCUCUUUCCAGGGUUAUUUUUAUUUUAAGUCAUGUACCCUGUGGAGAGACUCCAGGCCCAAAGAGUCGAAUUCAGAGCUGGAGAGGUGAUGGUGGAAUCACCAGCCUUAUGGGUCCAGCAGCCUAAUUUAUAUUUACUAUCCCUAUAAGUUCCACAUAGCAAAAGGGUUGCCAUGGAUCUGAGGUUGAUAAAAAAGAGGGUUAAAAUUCCUUAGUUAAGCUAAAGUUUAAAUAAUGUUUUUCUGGGUCAGUGGUUUUGAGGUCCAGUAGUUAGGCUUUUCUCUUUUGUCCUUUCCGUUGGAAUGAGAAUAUUUUGAUUGUGGUCUGUGACCAGUGAAUGCCAUAGACACAGGUUGAUAGUUUUAAACUUAUUACUUUGUUUGAACUUUACCUGUUUUUUCUUGUCAAACCUGAGUACUCUCUACUUGCUGAAGUUUCUCAUUUGAUUCCAGAGUACUGUACUCUCCAAGGCUUUCCUUUUCAAGUGUGUUAUGAAGGCAAUUUUUAAAGCAUUUGACCAGUUAGAACAAUUUCAAUUAAAAAGGAAAAGAUUUCACUUUGCAAGUAACUGAUGUCUCUAAGAAGACAUUUCAGAUGUCGGUUUGGAGGCGCUUCCCCCCUGUGAGAGCUCUUGUUAUCUGAAGCUCUAAGAUGAGAUCUGGCUAAUGAACAUAGGAGACGAAGGUAGGAAACAUCGAUAAAAGCUUUGUAUAGAGAUUUGUACAUUUGUGUAAUAGGCCUUUUCACGCUUUAUGUGUAGCUUUUUACCUGUAACCUUUAUUACAUUGUAAAUUAAACGUGACUUUUGACA